UGUGUGUGUGAUGCAUCUUUAGUGUGGGUACCUGGCUGUGACAGCCGGGUGCCCACUGCGCAUGUGCGAGAAGCACUGUGCUUUGUCCGCAGUCUCUGGUCAUCUCCUGUACUGUCUGCAGUCAUCCUGGUCAUCUCCUGUACUGUGUCCGCAGUCUCUGGUCAUCCCCUGUACUGUGUCCGCAGUCUCUGGUCAUCCCCUGUACUGUGUCCGCAGUCUCUGGUCAUCCCCUGUACUGUGUCCGCAUCCCCUGUCUCUCUGGUCAUCCCCUGUACUGUGUCCGCAGUCUCUGGUCAUCCCCUGUACUGUGUCCGCAGUCUCUGGUCAUCCCCUGUACUGUGUCCGCAGU